AAUAUCAAGUAACUUUUUCUUCACCUAACUCACUAUAAAGUCAACCUCUACAAUGCUAUUGCUACGUUGCUAAAUCUGGAAAGUCCAAAGCUACAUAUUAUGAUGUCCAAAUAUUCACUUCUCUUUCUGAUCUCCAUUUAUGGAAUCUACUGCAGUGAUCAUGACAUGCACCAGAUUUUAAGGUCAGCUCAAGAACAUAAAGAUUGGUUAGUGUCGAUUAGAAGAGAAAUCCAUGAACACCCAGAGCUUAGAUUUGAAGAAUACAAUACGAGUGCUCUUAUUCGCAGUGAACUUGAUAAGCUUGGGGUAUCUUAUGAAUACCCAGUUGCUAAAACUGGCGUUGUUGCUCAAAUUGGCUCCGGCUCUCGUCCUGUUGUUGCUCUCAGAGCUGACAUGGAUGCUCUCCCCUUGCAAGAGCUGGUUGAGUGGGAAUAUAAGAGCAAAAUUGAAGGUAAAAUGCAUGGAUGUGGACAUGAUGCUCACACCACAAUGCUUCUUGGUGCUGCUAAGUUGCUUACUCAGCGUAAACACAACCUUAAGGGAACCGUGAGACUUCUUUUCCAACCAGCUGAGGAGGGAGGUGCUGGCGCAUCUCAUAUGAUAAAGGAAGGUGCACUAGGCGAUGCUGAAGCAAUAUUUGCAAUGCACAUUGGUACUCAUUUACCCACUGGGAUCAUAGGAUCGCUGGCAGGUCCACUUGCAGCUGCCGUGUGCUUCUUUCAUGCUAAAAUUGAAGGCAAAGGUGGUCAUGCUGCAGAGCCUCAUGCUAAUACAGAUCCAGUACUUGCUGUAUCUUUUGCAAUUUUGGCUCUGCAACAGCUUAUUUCGAGAGAAAUUGAUCCCCUCCAAAGUGAUGUGCUAUCUGUUACUUUUGUUAAAGGUGGGACUGCUCUGAAUAUAAUUCCACCGUAUGUUGAAUUUGGUGGCACUUUGAGGAGCCUUACGACUGAGGGUUUGCAUCGACUCCAGCAGAGGUUGAUACAGGUUAUUGAAGGCCAAGCAGCUGUUCAUAGAUGUACUGCAUAUGUCGACCUAAAAGAAGACGAAUAUCCAAUGUAUCCUGCUGUCGUAAAUGAUGCAAGAUUGCAUUCCCAUGUUCAGAGGAUCGGUAGUCUUCUUCUCGGUUCGCAGAAUGUCAAGACCAAUAUCAAGGUGAUGGCUGGCGAUGACUUCGCUUUCUAUCAAGAAAUGAUUCCUGGAGUCAUGCUCAGCGUCGGAAUCAGAAAUGAAAAAAUAGGUUCAAUACAUUCGCCACACUCGCCUCACUUCUUUCUCGACGAAGAUGUUCUUCCCAUUGGAGCUGCAUUAUUCACUGCCCUUGCAGAGAGUUAUCUGAAUGAGCAUCAACAAUCUUCUAUACAAUAGACAGCUAAACUAUAGGAGCACAGUGAGUGAUUCAAGGAAGUAAAUCAUAAAUAGUAAUGUGAUAUAGGGGGUGUGCAAAAAUAAAACCAAACUAUAUUUGACGUUGCAACAGGAAUGAGAAUACUUUCCUA